GGAGGAGGCUCCCGAGCCAGGCGGUCCUCGCGGCGCAGCCCGCCGCCGCUCCCCGCGCCCCUAUGUGAGGGAAUCGGGGAGGCCCCGUGGCGCGCAGGGGAGGGCGAGGCAUGUGCACGGGCCGGGGGUUGCUGCAGCCGCCCGAGGACGAGGAGGACGGCGGCGGCGAGGAGGAGAGCGGGGGGCUGGCGGCGGCGGCGGGCCCGGGCCGGGGGGAUGCAGCGCGCUGUGUGUGUCUGGCUGUAGCUGACCCGAGGCGGCGAGGGAGCGCCGGAGACCCGCAGGAGGGACGUCCGGGCGGCGGCGGCGGCGGCCGCUGCAAGAAGUAGCAGCGGGACCGGCGACGGAGACGGCAGCCUGGAAAUGCAUUUUCCUCUUCAGCGGCCAUGUUAACCAGGAAACCUUCGGCCGCCGCUCCCGCCGCCUACCCGACCGGCCGAGGAGGGGACAGUGCCAUUCGCCAGCUUCAAGCUUCUCCGGGGCUCGGUGCGGGGGCCACCAGGAGCGGAGUGGGGACCGGCCCGUCCUCCCCCAUCGGCCUGCCACCUCUCCGGGCCAGCAACGCUGCAGCCGCAGCCCUCACGAUUGGUGGCAGUAAGCACACAAUGAAUGAUCACCUGCAUGUCAGCAGCCACGGCCAGAUCCAGGUUCAGCAGUUGUUUGAGGAUAAUAGUAACAAGAGGACAGUGCUCACCACACAACCAAAUGGGCUUACGACGGUGGGCAAGACAGGCUUGCCCGUGGUGUCAGAGCGGCAGCUCGAGAGCAUUCACAGGCGGCAGGGGAGCUCCACCUCUCUGAAGUCUCUGGAAAGCAUGGGGAAGGUGAAAGCUACCCCCAUGACACCUGAACAAGCAAUGAAGCAAUACAUGCAAAAACUAACGGCCUUUGAACACCACGAGAUUUUCAGCUACCCUGAGAUAUACUUCUUGGGUCCAAAUGCAAAGAAGCGGCAGGGCAUGACAGGUGGACCCAACAAUGGUGGCUAUGACGAUGACCAGGGAUCAUAUGUACAGGUGCCCCAUGAUCAUGUGGCUUACAGGUACGAAGUCCUCAAGGUCAUCGGGAAGGGGAGUUUUGGGCAAGUGGUCAAGGCCUAUGACCAUAAAGUCCACCAGCAUGUGGCCCUGAAGAUGGUGCGAAAUGAGAAACGCUUCCACCGACAGGCAGCGGAGGAGAUUCGAAUUCUGGAACAUCUGCGGAAGCAAGACAAGGACAACACCAUGAACGUCAUCCACAUGCUGGAGAAUUUCACCUUCCGAAACCACAUCUGCCUGACAUUUGAGCUGCUGAGCAUGAACCUCUAUGAGCUCAUCAAGAAGAAUAAAUUCCAGGGCUUUAGCCUGCCUUUGGUCCGGAAAUUUGCCCACUCGAUUCUACAGUGCUUGGAUGCUUUGCACAAAAAUAGAAUAAUUCACUGUGAUCUUAAACCCGAGAACAUUUUGUUAAAGCAGCAGGGUAGAAGCAGUAUUAAGGUGAUUGAUUUUGGCUCCAGUUGUUAUGAGCAUCAGCGUGUCUACACUUACAUCCAGUCGCGCUUUUACCGGGCUCCGGAGGUGAUCCUUGGGGCCAGGUAUGGCAUGCCCAUUGAUAUGUGGAGCCUGGGCUGCAUUUUAGCAGAGCUCCUUACGGGUUACCCACUCUUGCCUGGGGAAGAUGAAGGAGACCAGCUGGCCUGUAUGAUCGAACUGUUGGGCAUGCCCUCCCAGAAACUCCUGGACGCGUCCAAAAGAGCCAAAAAUUUUGUGAGCUCCAAGGGUUAUCCCCGCUAUUGCACUGUCACGACUCUGUCAGAUGGCUCUGUGGUCCUCAACGGAGGCCGUUCCCGGAGAGGGAAACUGAGGGGCCCACCAGAGAGCAGAGAGUGGGGGAACGCACUGAAGGGAUGUGAUGAUCCUCUUUUCCUUGACUUCUUAAAACAGUGUUUAGAAUGGGAUCCUGCAGUACGUAUGACCCCAGGCCAGGCAUUAAGGCACCCCUGGCUCCGGAGGAGGUUGCCAAAGCCUCCAACCGGGGAGAAGACAUCAGUGAAAAGGAUACCGGAGAGCACUGGUGCUAUCACGUCGAUUUCCAAGUUACCUCCACCUUCCAGCUCAGCUUCCAAACUGAGGACGAAUUUGGCACAAAUGACAGAUGCCAAUGGGAAUAUUCAGCAGAGGACAGUGUUGCCAAAACUCGUUAGCUGAGCUCCAGUCCCCUGAUGCUGGUAAUCUGAAAGAUACGACAUAGCUGAGCCUUACUGGGUUGAAAGGAGUAGCUCAGCCCUGUUUUUAUUUGCUCAAUAACUCGACUCAUUUGUAUCUUUUCAGCACUUAAUUUUGAUGUAAGACAGUCGUUUGUUUUGUUUUUAUAAAAUACAUGGGGACAAUGCUUUAAGUUUUUAUACUUUCUGAAACCGUUUUUCUUUGUGUGUGUGUGUGUGUGCGCGUGUGCGUGUGCGUGUGUGUGUGUGUGUGUGUGUUCAAAAAGUACGAUGAGCCUUACUGUAUUUAGUGUGGCAGAGAAAUAACAUCAGUGGCAGGCCAUUGGUUACUACAUCACUGCCGUGCUUUUACAGAUUGGUCAGACAUUCACUAUGUUUCCAUGGUUCAUAUACUCCCCUGGGAGGUGGCCCUGUAAGGCCCUCCUGGUCUCUCCAUGUAUCAGUUUUGUGCACAGGUUUAGCAUGUCUUGCUGCCAUCUUCCAAGAAUUAAGUCUGGGUGUUGGUGGCAGUUAGGGGGGAGAAUGGUCAAAGUGAAAAUGAUGUGCUAACAAAAACCACACCCUAAGAUCCCCAGCGUUUAAAUUGCCCACUUAGCAGUCUGACACUCUAAAAACUAGCAGAGCAGCAUUUAGUGGACAAAUAGAAAUGGAAAUGUGUGUGUGUCCAAAUUUUCUAAUAGGAUUGGCAAGCUGUUUUUGCAAGAAGCGUCCUAUCACAGAAUUGGUUUUGCACCUAAUUUUAGACAUGUACUCCACGAUGGUUCCUUCCUUCUCCUUGCUCUUCUCUCUGUUCCCCUUUUACUGCAUAUCUGCUGCCCACGUUUAGUUUGCCUUCUUCCUUUGGCGAUAUAUCCCAGACUGUUAACACCGAAAGAGACAUUUCGGCUGUGAUUGUGACCAUCCUUUCAUACUCCAAUUUUUAAAAAAGGAUAGCAGCCUAGCUACUUAAGAGUUUCCAUAGUUCCAAAGAAGAAAGACUUAGCAGAUUAGAGUGAAAUCACACUUUUUAGGUGCCACUGUAAGGUUCUCUUAGCCCGGGAAAGUAACUCUUUCUUUAAAAAGAAAGAUGGUUGAAAAAUCCUCUUGGUGAGCUGAAGUUACCUUGGCCAUUCAGUAAGGCCAGGUUUAACAACACCUUGAAAAGAGGAGAAGUUCAACUGCAAGUUAAAUGGUUUGACUUACCCUUUUUAUCAUUAGAAGAAUCAUGGAAAUUGCAUUCCUCUAUUUUAUUUUACUUUCUUUUGGAUUGCACUGACUGUUUUAUGUGGAAAUGACACUUUACCUGGAAAAGUUAACUGAGAGUUAGUUAGGUAAAAGAAUAUUUUCUUCUCUGAAUAAUGCUUAUUUUCACAGUGAAAUUUUCAGUAUUUUAUCACUAAGGUAUGAACAGUGAAGUAUAUCAAUAUCAAGGCACGUGGAAAAAGUUCUUUAGUAUGUGCAAUUUAAUAUAGAAAGAUUUCUGCCUGUUUGGAUAAUGGGUUUGGGGUAGUAUAAAUUAGGAUAAAUAAUCUUUUAUAUGCACAGAUAUUAUUGUAUUGCCUGUGAACUGAUUUACAAGUACUUAAGGCACGGUCCCCAGUGAGGCCAAGAAAGUUUCCGGUUAAGUUCUUUGAAUAUUAAUUCUACAGUUUCUCUUAUUUUAAAAAAAUAAUGUCAUUUACAACAAAACAUUUUACUUCUCUUGAGACCUUGCCAGUUGAUGGUAGAAAAAUAUGCUCAGGAAAUAUUUCAGAUAUUUGCCAAAAAAAAAUAACCCAGUAAUAAGGUUAACUUAUUGAUAAGAUAGUGAUGUCGCUACUUGCUUUAAGGGUGUCACUGAUAAAUUAAUUUGUACUUCUGUAUUUAGAAAUUGUAGCUAAUUUCCCUUAGUCAAAUUCUUUAGCAUAUUGUACACGUUGCUCUGUAACCCUUGAAAGUGCAAUAAUGUUAGUAAAUUACAUUUUAAGUAAUGCUCAUGUGACAAUACCCCCAUCAGUGGCUUAGAGGACUUACCAUUUGUGUAUUUAUUCAAACUUCAGCUUAAAAGCAUAACAUUCAUAAACCUUAGUUUGGUGGUGGUGUAAAACCACGAACCUCUUUAUGAUGGUUAUUUUCUUUAGAUCAUUAAAAUAAAACCGUAUGAAAAGCUAUUUUCUCCUUAUGAAGCUCCUCCUCCAUCUCCACUCUCAUUUGCACAUGUAAGUUUAAAUCUAUGAACCUGAGCCUGCCAUUACCAACUUCUCUGUAACAUGGUACAUGUGAAAAUGUAUAAGUGGUCUAAUCCUGCUUUACUUUCCCCUUCCACACAAAACUGGUUCCUAAGAUGCCAGCAAUGCAUUUGUGUCUGUCUUUAUUCACAAAUGUGACCGGAAACUUUGAAGCCAAACUAUAAUGUGCAGUGCUAUGGGGCUUAAAAAAAAUUUUUUUUUUUUUUUGUCCAACUACAGUACAAUAUCCGUUAGUCACAAAAGCCCCAUGUUUUAGCAUUUAGUAAUAAACUGCUUUUUCAAGUUUCAAGUUUGAUUAUAAUGUCAAAAACAAAAAAAAAAUGUGGCAUCUUGUUGACUUUUAAAAAGUAAAUAAAGGGCUCUGAUAGGCUAGUAGGAGUUGGCUUGGAAGCAGUCUCACAGGUUCCCAUUGUCUAGGGAUGUCUGAGCUGUUUUCAGACUUAAGAAUGGCACCGCGUCGUCUUGUCUUUGGUUGCAGUCUCAUCUGGCUCCAUUUCUUGCACACCAGAGUGCUCAUUACCACAUAAGUGUGUGUCGCUACAGCAGUGGAACAGCAGUGAUGCAAGACAGUGUAGAUUAACAGUAGAAGAGAAAUUGUGCCCUUAGUGUUAACAAUGUGCCUUUUGUUCUGAAUGCCAUGUUGUGGGGCAUGCAUUGUUUGGCCUCUUUAACUGUUUGAAUACUAGGUAGGAAGGAUGGAACCCACCUCUGCAAAGAUACAUCUGUCUUAAAUAUCUAGUUACAGGCCUUAAUAGAAACCAUAAGGCGUGAAUUUCAUCGUCAGGCGCUGAAUGAGGGAAUUCCUGUGUUUAAGGGGUUAAAGAUUGUCUUUAUUGUAUCUCAACAUCAGACUGAUUUUUUAAAAGAUAUUUUUUGUUAUGCUAACACUAGACAAAAAUCAACUGUAUUUGUAAAAAUUUACCUCAAACCAUUUAAUUUUAUAGUGUGAUUAAUCCCAGGGCAUUUGGUAUGAACCAAAGUGCAUUCCUUUUAUAUGUGCCUGGCUUCUAGUAAGGAUGGCCAGGGAUUUUUACAACUUGGGUGCAAGGCACUUAAGCCACUUUUAAACUUAAUAGGUGGUUUGAAGUCAUGUUAAAUGACUCCAUCAGAAUGUUCAAAAAACACUUUCGGCAUCAGUAGCAUUGGGCCAUAUUGGAAUCUUAAAAAAGUGUGAGUUAUUUUAAAGAGAGCAUUCAUUUUUUUUUUUGUACUUUUUUUCAUGUAGAAUAUUUCUGGUAAGCAGAAGACUUAAAAAAAAAAAACAAACGGAUUUGGUUGGUAAAGGUUUUAAUAUUGCCCAACAUAAUGCUGUGGUAGCAUUAAAAAAAAAAGUAUUUGUGAACUCUUUGUUUCUUAGGGGCUUGUACAUCUCUCUGCUAUGGACAUAGAUAAAAUUAAUUGUAAUUAUACUCAGCUCAACUGCUACAGUUAUGUCUAGGCAGUAGCUUGAGUUUCUAUCGAGCAACAACUUAGACACGUGACUGUAAUAUGCUGCAACUGUGUGUACUGAAAAUAUGUGAAAAUGGUUGAAUGUGGACUGUGUAUAUAUGUAUGUAAAAAUUUUUGUGAGAUGCUGCUGUCGCCACUUAACAUAAAAUAUGUUCUAGUGGAUUUUAAUCCUAGUGGCCAGUUCUAUGAUACUGUAUGUAUUGUACAGCUGCUGACAGGAGUAAGACUGUUUAGUGAAUAUUUGUUAAAUUUUAUUGUUGUGGCCAGAGAUAAUUUCAGAAUAAAAUUUUAAUGUCCUACCUUA